CCCCCCCCUCCUUCUCCUCACGCGCUGAGCUGUCACAACGUCUGUGCUGUCAACAACCUAGUACUUCUCUAUAAAUCAGUCCCCCAGUCACUCUUAAUCUCUCUUCUUCCCUUUUUCCCAUGAUGGCCGCCCAUCGCUCUCUUGCCCGCUCUCUCCCCACUCUCCGCGCUGCUGCCCCCCGCACGGCCCUCACCGUCCCCAGAUUAUCCGCCACCAGAACGUCUGCAGCUUUAGCUUCACGAUCCAGACAUCUCUCUACCGCUAUAAUGGCUCCCUCUUCUCUUCUGGCAUCUUCAUCCCCUUCUACCACUCGCAGUCUGCAUGCCACAGCCCAGCAACGUACCCCCGCAACCACCUCCGCGGCCUCCACCGCCACCGACUAUCCUACCGAUCACAGCCCUGUUUCGAACCCCAUCGAUACUACCAACUUUCUGGACAACGAGUUUGUACAGUCCAAGGCAACCACUUGGAUUGACUUGCAUGAUCCAGCCACCAACAAUCUCAUCACUCGUGUGCCUCAGAGUACCGAUGCGGAGCUGAAGGCUGCCGUUGAGUCCGCCCAAAAGGCCUUUCCGGCCUGGCGCGCGACCAGCGUGAUUGCCAAACAGCAGAUCAUGUUCAAGUUUGUUAGCCUGAUCCGGGCUCACUGGGAUCGCCUGGCUGCCUCGAUUACCCUGGAGCAGGGCAAGACCUUUGCCGAUGCCAAGGGCGACGUUCUCCGUGGUCUUCAAGUGGCUGAAACUGCCUGUGGCAUCACCACCCAAUUGACAGGCGAGGUGCUCGAAGUCGCCAAGGAUAUGGAGACUCGAAGCUACCGCGAGCCUCUGGGUGUUGUGGCCGCCAUCUGUCCCUUCAACUUCCCCGCAAUGAUUCCCCUCUGGUCGAUCCCUGUCGCCACCAUUACCGGUAAUUGCUUGAUUCUCAAGCCCUCCGAACGUGACCCCGGCGCAGCCAUGAUUCUGGCCGAGCUGGCUCGGGAAGCUGGUUUCCCACCCGGUGUGGUCAACAUCGUGCAUGGCUCCGCCAAGACGGUUGAUUUCAUCCUCGAUGAACCUUCCAUCAAGGCUAUCAGCUUUGUUGGCGGUAACCGUGCCGGUGAGUACAUCUAUACCCGGGGUUCCGCAAAUGGCAAGCGUGUCCAGGCGAAUCUGGGUGCGAAGAACCACGCCGCGGUCCUGCCGGACUGCAACAAGAACCAAACCCUCAAUGCUAUUGUUGGCGCUGCCUUCGGUGCUGCUGGUCAGCGCUGCAUGGCCCUGAGCACAGUGGUGAUGGUCGGGGAAACCCAGGAAUGGCUGCCCGAGAUCGCUGAGCGGGCCAAGGCAUUGAAUGUCAAUGGUGGUUUCGAAGAGGGUGCGGAUCUUGGCCCGGUCAUUAGCCCCCAGAGCAAGAAGCGCAUCGAGGAUCUGAUUGCCAGCGCCGAGGAAGAGGGUGCCACUAUCCUGUUGGAUGGUCGUGGCUACAAGCCCGAGAAGUACCCCAACGGCAACUUUGUUGGACCUACUAUCAUCACCAACGUGACCCCUGAGAUGAAGUGCUACACAGAGGAGAUCUUCGGCCCUGUUCUGAUCUGCUUGUCGGUGCCUACGCUCGAUGACGCUAUCGAGCUCAUCAACAAGAACCCGUACGGUAACGGCGCGGCCGUCUUCACCCGCUCUGGCCCGACUGCCUCGCGCUUCCAGAAGGACAUUGAGGCCGGCCAGGUCGGCAUCAACGUGCCGAUCCCUGUCCCGCUGCCCAUGUUCUCUUUCACCGGUAACAAGAAGAGUAUCGCCGGUGGCGGUGCCAACACCUUCUACGGCAAGCCUGGUUUGCAGUUCUACACUCAGCAGAAGACUGUGACUAGCCUGUGGCGCAGCGAGGAUGCGAUCAGCACCAAGGCCCAUGUUGUGAUGCCCACACACUCGUAAGGUCGAUGGAAACAAGGGGAAACAUUGAAUAGAAAUCAAAAAUACCUUGAAUGUUGCAUCAUGCCUCUAUACGGUGUUAGCUUUCACGCUGGGUUGCGGAAUUAGCCUUGUUAAUAUCAUUGUUCUUCAAAUUGAAUCUCCGAGGAAGGAGUGUUAUACCUGCAUCUUAACGGCGGCUCGUGAACAAAUUGCUGAGGAUGAAGGCGUCUGUGUACUGUAAUCUGAGACUCAUUUCAGUUAACCGUGUCGAUUCGAUCGAACAAGUGCAUGC